AUGCGAUGCGCGAGCAAGGCCGCCGAGAGCGCGUCCGCACGUCUCUGUGCGGACGCCGAAGCAGAAACCGCUGCAAUUGAUGUGUCAUCGGUUGCUGAAGCGACUCAGCCUGUGUCACUUGGUGAUGCAGGUGCUGGUCAUGAAGACACUCAUGUCUUCACAGAGUAUGAGCUCGGUGUCUCGUACUCUCCUGAUACGGAAGACGGAUCCGUAUCGACGGCGAUCGAAUCCAAGCCGCCCGCCAAGCGUGGCAUGGACGAUGCUUUGCGCCGCAGCAUCUUUGGCUCAUCUGAUGAAUCAGGUGAACCAUCGCCGAAGCGAAGGCGCUCGAGGUCGCGAGACUCGGGCGCUAAUAGUGGUGUCGGUUCUCCAAUGGACACCACUUCACAGCGAGGUGCCAGUACUUCUGUCGGCACGUCGCAGGAAGAGCGGGACCGCAAUGGCUUGCGUCUAGCUCCCGAGAAGAAGGCAUGGAUGCCUCCGAAAUCCGUCAUGGAUCACUUGUCGGCGACGACGAGUGAUCGUUAUCGAACACGUUUGUUCGAUUCGUCAAGGAUCCAUCACCUUGACCCUGUUUAUUUAUGA